AUGAUUACCCUCGAAGACCUCAAAAACUUCUUCGAGAUGGCGCUGAAGCCAUCGCCCCUCGUCUUCAAGAUUGGCUUCGCCAUCGUCCUGCUGGUGCCUUUCAUCCUGCACCUCAUCUUCUCCGCAACCACCCAGUACACGACACUCCCGUCCGUCCUGCUCAUCGGCCCGUCCGGCGCCGGCAAGACAGCGCUCCUCACCCUCUUCGAGCGCGGUCCCCUCCUCAACCCUGACGGAACCUCCGUCGGCGCAGCAGACCUCAAGAAUCCCUACCGCAAGCCUAUCGUCACGUCACCCGUUGCCCAGACGCACACCUCGCAAGUCCCUACCUCCGUCGAGCUCGCCGUUGGCGCCAAUGAGGAUGGCACUCCCACAUCUUACAAAGUGGACCUCGAUGCAGCGGGCGCAACAGCCCGCAAGUUCCUGCUGAUCGACACACCGGGGCAUCCCAAACUCCGCGGGACGACCCUUCAGCACCUGCUCAACCCUUCCCCCUCGCUAACCAUCAUCCCGACCAACGCCCCCAACAAAAAGACCUCGACCGACUCACACUCCGACCCGUACAAGUCCAAGCUCAAGGCCGUCAUAUUCCUGCUCGACGCAGCCGCCCUCGCUGACAGCGACGGCGACUACCUGUCGCAAACAGCGUCUUACCUCUAUGAUGUCCUCCUCUCCCUGCAGAAGCGCUUCCAUUCCCGAAAGAACAGCCGCGCGCCGUCAUCAAUCCCCGUCCUUAUUGCGGCUAAUAAGCAGGAUUUGUUCACUGCGGUACCUGCGUCGCUGGUGAAGAGCCGGUUGGAGCAUGAGCUGGGCCGGAUCAGGAAGACUAGGCAGAAGGGCUUGCUUGAGGCGAGCGUCACGAGUGAGGAUGAGAUUCGAGCGGAUGACGAGGAGGGAUGGCUUGGGGCUGUGGGAAGCAAAGAGUUCAAGUUUGAGGAGAUGAUGGAGUUUGAUAUGGAGGUUGAGGUCAUGGGGGGCAAUGUGAUCGGGGAUGGACCGGGAGCUGAGAGGUGGUGGAGGUGGAUUGGGGAGAGGAUUUAG